AGGUAGCUACAACAAUAGUGAGCAACGAUGAAAAAGGAAUCGGAAUUGAAAAAACCACGAUCAAGACGAAAAGGAGGACCAGAGAAUGCAUUAUGUAACUACAGAGGUGUGAGACAAAGGACUUGGGGAAAAUGGGUUGCGGAAAUAAGAGAACCUAAGGGUGGUGCUAGGCUUUGGCUAGGAACAUUCAACACUUGUAUUGAAGCAGCACUUGCUUAUGAUGAUGCUGCAAAAAGGCUCUAUGGUGAAUCUGCUAGGCUCAAUUUGGCACCACCAAAGGGUGCUUCUACAACAACAAGUAUAGAGGUUUCAAAUGAUAACAACUGUAGUGAAGAGAUUUCAAAUGAUAAGAAUAAUGAGGUGUUGUGGGAGAUUCCAUGGAGUACUAGUGAUUUUGCUGUGGAAGAUUUUAUGGAAUUGAAUGAUAGUGUACUGGCUGAAGGGCUUAAGGAUUGGGAUCCAUCAUUACUAGAGAUUUAAUUAAAAUGCCUUUGGCGUAUUAUAUACUAUUACUACUAUAUGAGUACUUGUUACUUUUUUUUUGUUUAACGAGAAAAUGGAAAAAUAAUGCAUACUACUGAUGUACCUUAUUUUAGUAUUCCUUGUGAUAGAUGGAAGAAUCAGUUAGAAUUUAUUUGCAA